UUUACUUCCGGUACCGGAGCACGUGUUUCAGAAAACGUAAACUUUAAAAGUUGAAAAUUAGUUCUACUAAGGAUAAUCGUUUUGAACUAUAUCUUGUGUCAGUGACAAAAUUGUAAAAUGAAUAAUCUACCGAACCCAUUUUCACGUCCACCUAAUUUUUUUAAUGGACAACAGGGGAUAAUGAAUCCGACAAACCCUGGUUUUGGAAGUGGACAACCACAACAAAUGAAUUUUUAUAACCAUCCAAUGAACAUGAACGGUUUUAAUAAUAACAAUGGGAGUAUGCCAGGCAGGAUGCCAUUUCCAAAUAAUCAGUUUAAUCCACAAAGUUUCAGGAAUAAUGGAUUCCGUGGUAACCGCCCUGUCAAUAAUGUCUGGUCUUCCCAGUCACCGCAGCUUCUUCAGCCACAAUUCCCACAACAACAGAAUUGCCAUCAGGCCCAGGGUAAUUUUUCUAGGCAUCUUAGUCCGGGCCAGUUUGAUCCAUCUAGGAAUCAGUUUGAGAAUAAAAGAUUCAAUAAAAAUAGAGGCCAGUUUGAUCCGUAUCAAAAUAGACCAUUCAACACUCAGAAUAAAGGACCGCAACAAAAUUACCAGAACAAGAAAAAUAAGAAAAAUAAAGUACAGGUGGAUAAGAGGGAUUUGGCAGAGAAUAAUAUGUUUUAUUGUGAUAUAUGUGAUCGUGGAUUUAAACAGGAGGACGUCUAUACAAAACAUGUUGGGGAACAUGAACAGUGUAAAGUUGAUGGCUGUCCAUAUGUUGCUGCUCCUAAAUUAGUUCGUCUUCACUUUGAUUUGCAACACAGAACUGGUUUUGCCAAAAAAAUAUGGUGUACAGAAUCAAAAGAAGAAUUGGAUGCCUGGAUUAAUGAAAGAAAAAGGAAAUAUCCCACAGCCUCGAAUAUACUGAAAAAGAAAAUGAUUUUAGAAGAAAAACAAUCCCGAGGAGAAUUGUUAGAAACUAAACAGUUUGGAAAAAUGCGGGAUAGAAAAAAGAACAGGGGGAGAAACAGAGAUAACAAUUUUAAAAGAAAAGCAGAAGAUGGAGGAGAAAAAGAAACAGAUGACAAAAAGAUAAAAACUAGUCCAAAGAAAGAUAUUAAAGACACUGAUCCACUGGGAAUGUUAAUACAAUGUAAAUCAUCAGAUACAAGUGAUCCAGAAGGUGAAGAUUCGAUGGUAUGUGAACCAACUAAUGCACUGGCAGCCAUUUUAACAUGUUAUGCUGAUUCAGAUGACUGUAAAACUGAUACAGAAAAAGACAAUAUUACAAAAGUUGCAGACACCAAGAAAACUGAAAUGGAAGCUGAGAAUAUUGAAAUUAAUGAUGAUAAAUAUCAUAGGAAGAAUAAAGAUGUAGAAACAAACGAUAAUAACAAUAACAAAGCAAAAGUAGUGAAAAAUAAACAAAAUAUAAAACAAAAUGAUGGACAUUUUGCGAAGGAUAACCCCUACAACAAACCAUCUUUAUUAGAAAUGUUAUUAGCCAAAGAAAUUCGACACGAGAGAAAUGUUAUUCUACAAUGUGUACAUUAUAUAGUCACAAAGAAUUUCUUCAGUAAAGAAGAUAAUAAAAUACAGAAUUCGGAUACACCAUAAACAAUAUAUACUGAUCAUAAACAAAUGAUUUUGUAUUU